AUGCGGCUCGCGCUGGUCUGUUUGCUUGCCCUAUGCCACGCAGCAAAGAUCCGGGUGGAUCGCGAGGUGGCCAGACAUGGCGGUGAGGCGCAAAGCACUUGCGGUGCUUUGGCGAAUGGACAGAUCUCAGCCUUUGUGAACGACUUCACCUCCAAGAGUAAGAUGGAGGCCAAUGGUUGGUCUUUCGCCAACUGGGAGGCCACGAAUGGCUGGAAGCCCGACGCCUAUUCAGCGAACGUGCCGCCUGGGUCCUACUGGGGCUCGAAGCCCGGGGACGCGGCCCUGGAGCUGCAGCUGACGCUGAAGGGCAGAGGCACCGCCCUGGUGACCUUCGGCAACCAAUGCUGUGGCACCACGAAGGUGAAGCUCAACGGCGCGGAGCUGGCGACGGCUUACGCUGAGGAGUUCAGCCAGUUCAUUGAGGUGCAUUUCGAGGACGGCGAUGUGCUCACCAUCGGGGAGUAUGACACGUCCGUGAUGAUCAUCGAGCAGGUCUUCUUCCUUUGCGACGCGCACGUAGCCAAGUUCAGCCACGACGACUGCGAAGGCAACGACGUGAACGACUUCUCCAGCUACGGCCGCAUGUUCCUCUCCGGCUGGCGCUUCAAGAACAGGCAGCGCAAAAACAGCUGGAAGCCCAGAAACUACCGAUCUGGCGUACCAGGAGGCUCCUACUGGGGAUUCAGAGGCGGCAAUGCGGCGCUCGAGCUGUCCCUUACCUUGAGAGGGACAGGAUACUACUGGCUGGCCUUUGGCAACCAGUACAAGAGGGGGGUCGUCAAAUUCUUCGUCAACGAUGAGGAGAAGAGCUCAGCAGGAGCCGCCACCUACAAGGAGAUUGCUGGGCGCUUCGUGGAUGGCUACACGCUCACGAUUGGGGAGUACAACACGGCAGUUCUGGUUGUGCAGCGGCUCUGGAUCUCCUGCGAUCAGCGCCACGAGGCCAGAUGCGGCGCACGAACUCGGAGCGGCGGCAUCACGAACAACGUCAACAACUUCGCCAGCAAGGGGGCCAUGCUCACCGCAGGAUGGACCUUCAAGAAUUGGCAGCGGAACAGCUUCCGGCACAAGAACUACAAGCAAGGAGUUCCUCCUGGGUCCUACUGGGGCUUCCGUGGCGGGAGCACAGCCCAAGAGAUGUCGCUGACUCUGAAAGGAUCUGGGAGACUGGCGAUGUGGUACGGCAACCAGAACAACAACGGAGCAGUGAAGGUUAUCAUCGACGGCCAGGAGAAGGAUUCCAUUGUGAAAGGUGCCAGCCCUGAGCGCAGCCGUUACUUGGAGCUCAGCUUCAAGGAUGGGGACAUCCUGAAGAUCGGGGAGUACCAGACCUCAGUGAUCAUCCUCACCAAGGUCAUCUUCGAGUGUGCGCCCCGCGUGGCUGCGACGGGUUCGCAGUGCAGCAACGAGACGAAGCUCAGCGACUUCGGGUCUCAAGCGACCAUGGAGGAGAAUGGCUGGGUCUUCAACCAGGCCCCCUCCAAGUUCAAGCCGCAGGAGUACUCCGCAGGCGUGCCGCCUGGGUCCUUCUGGGCCUUUGUGGAUGGCGCUCCGGCGCUGGAAGUGUCCACCACGUUGCACGGCACCGGCUCGGUGGUCGCGCCUCGGUCUCCGAAAGAAGCCUCGGGUCGGUCUCCGAUGGAGUCUGCGGUGAGUCCCGUUGUGAACCCCAUCCUUGAGAGCCUAGUCACGGAGGUCCUGCUGGAACGCCCGGAGAAUCCAGUGCCAUUCAUGGUCCGAUGGCUGGCUGAGAGGUCCAAGACGGGCAAGGACUCCCUCUACUCUCUCGGAGUCGGAGAGGCGGAGAAGCUGAGGAAUGAGAUCCGGGAAUUGCAGGGGGAGAUCAAGGUCCUGUCCGACAAGGUGGGCGAAGCCAAAUCCAAGGACCAGGAGAAGAAAGAUGAGCCAGAGGCGAAGGCUGAUGCACCCGCGGCAAAAGAAGAGGCCGCGAAGGCAGAGGAGGAAGAAGAAAAGGAGGAGAAAGAGGAGGAGGAGAAGGAAGAGAAGAAGAACGACAGCGAGGAGGAAGAGAGCGACUUCGGAAGCGGCGAGGAAGAUGAUGCCGAUGACGACUGGAAGCCUCCAGCUGCCUACAUGAAGAAAGGACAGCGAGGAUCAGUGUCCGCAGAGGCAUACGGUGCGUUCAAUGAGAAGAAAGCAUUCGAGCCGCCCGUUUACGAGAAGAGUGGUGAACAGGAGGGCCGCAUCAAUGAGGUCCUGUCCAAGAGCUUCUUGUUCAACGCCCUGAGCAAGGAUGACCUGAAGGUGAUCCUCGGGGCCUUCCUGGAGAAGAAGAUCCCCUCGGGGGAUCGCAUCAUCCAGGAAGGCGACGACGGAGAUGUGAUGUUCCUCAUCGAGUCUGGUGCCUUUGAUUGCCUGAAGAAGAUCGAUGGGGCGGAGAAGGUGGUGAAGAAGUGUGGCCCAGGCGACGUCUUCGGUGAGUUGGCCUUGCUUUACAACUGCCCCCGCGCAGCUUCGGUGCAGGCCACCGAAGAGUCCACAGUGUGGCAGCUGGACCGAGAGACCUUCACCCACAUCGUCCGGGACGCGUCGGCCAAGCGCCGCGAAGCCUUCAUGGACUUCUUGAAGACGGUGCCGCUGUUUAAGCCCCUGGAGAGCUAUGAUUUGAUGCAGCUGGCGGACUGCCUGCAGCAGCAGACCUUGGAGGCGGGGCAGAAGAUCUUGAAGCAGGGCGAGCCCGGGGACACCUUCUACAUCGUGGAGGAGGGUCAGCUCACCGCAACCAAGAAGCGCGAUGACGGCAAGGAGGAGGAGGUCUUGGAGUACCAGCGCGGUGACUUCUUCGGUGAGUUGGCCCUGCUGCGCAACGAGCCGAGGGCCGCCUCGGUGGAGGCGAAGACGGAGGCGAAGAUCUGCAAGAUCGACCGCAAGUCCUUCAAGAACAUCUUGGGGCAGCUGGAGGCGCAGUUCAAGGAGGCGGCGGCCAAGUACAAGCCCUGA